AUGGUCUUCAAUCAUCAGAAUGAAUUUCAUUGCAAGCUCGGCACAUCCGCACAUUUGGUUGACACCAAAAGAAGUCAGAGUUUGNUCUACCUGGUGCUCGAUGUCACUAAUGUCGGAGCGAUAUGCCUUCCAACAAGCGAAGAUGUGCCACUCAGUGUCGCAAACGCGUUUAUCAAGCAAGCACACUGUGCAACAGCUGCCGAUAUUUGCGACACAUUCAAAGUCUAUGUCCCUUCAAAUGCUAUCAACCAGGAGCGUCUUCCAGACCUCUGCAAGGCAUUGGAUCAGGGUAUCAUCAGAUUUUCCGACCGCCAUCUCCAAACUCUGUACAACGGCACCGGCAGGAAGGUCAUCACGUGCAUCGAUGACCUAUGGACCCAGAACCGACCUGAAGGUCCACCUCCAUACGACCCAUCGACGGCGCCUGGGGCUACCAACAGCGAACCGAUAGGUCAAUCAGAUCUAGGAUCCUCAAGUAACUCCAAAGCUCGCGGAAAGCGACGCACAGCAUCUCCCUUACCAAGUCAAACCCCGCUCAAGCGACAGUUGUUGACUGAAAAAGUUGCACCAGAGCCCUGGGAACUGGCGUUUGCAGCUCUGAGCGCAGAGUUUGCAAAUUUACGUGAACAACUAAAGCAGCUCCAGCGGACCCCUGGAGUCGAUGCUGAGACACAAACCGAUCCGGUCGUUGAGCAUGCACUUGAGUCUUUUUCAGUGCCUGACCCAUAUUGUUCAUCACCAAGCCAGGCUAGCACGGUUGAAAACACUAUCGAGGACCGUCUCUUGAUGGUGCAAGACAGCGUUGCUGAUGAACAAAAGCAGCUGGCAUCGCUGGCUGAGAAGGUUGAUCACAAAGAUAAGCAGAUACGACAGGAGCUUGAAAGCGAAUGCUUUGGGUUGCAGUCUGCGGUCGAGAACCUCGAGUCUCGAGUCGAUGACCUGGAAAGUGGUCUUCAAGACGAUCUUCGACAAGAGUUCAAAGAAGACAUUGAUGCAAAAGCAUUGGAUUUACAAGUCAAGCUGGAAGAGUUCAUUGAGCAUCGACUAGAAGACGUCGAAGAGGUCGUCAAGAACGAUGUGAGGAUGGCGUUCGAGAACGCAUCUUCAGUAUGCUGCCGGACCAAGCGUAUCCUGCAUCUCUUUGUCUCGCAUGAACAAGAAAAAUUGUCGGAAGAUACAAACGCGUUCUUCUUCACUUCUCCGUACUUCCGUCGACCUCUCGAAUUCACCAACACGGAUCCUCCGACCUCAUUUUCUUCCCUUCCGCCCGAACUAGUCACCAAGAUCUGCCGUGACUCUGGCCUUCGCAAGAAAGAUCUCAUCGCGCUCCGGCUUACUAGCAAAUCUCAAGGCAUCCAUCUCUCUGCCUCAAAGGAGUUCGCCAAGCGUUACUUCAAGGAAGUCAAGCUUGUCUACACACGUUAUAGUAUGCAAGCUUUCGCGGAGAUUUGCAAGCACCCUGUCUAUGGUCCUUCAGUCCGAAAAGUCCGGCUCUCUUGUACUCGUUUCGAGCCGAAUCGUUUUGAGGAAGAAAGCAAGGGCCAAUUCGACCAUAUUGAGGUUGACGAUCCCCAAGGACGCCAUGAGUACCUGGAAAACAUACGACUACUCGUCAACCGUUGCGAUGAAGAAGAAAAUCUCAGAAAAUCUGGAGACGCCGAGGACUUUCUUGCUGUAGCUUUUACCGCACUUUNNUCUCGAUGGCACCAUCCUCUGGAAAUCGCUGUGUCAUCGCAGGAGUCUGGUGCAUUGGGCCAAAGUCGAACUUACAGUCCGGAAAACCUGGGCGAACACGUACAUUGGGAGUGUGAUAUACUUGGGACGGUCAGCCUGCUUUAUCGUGCCGCCAUGCGUGGGACAUGUGCUGUGCAAGCGCUUGACAUCUCAUGUGCUGUCUGGGAUAAUUUGGCUGAUAACUCAUCUGACACCCUGAGCUCGUUAGCCCAACUCUCCGAGCUCAAGCUGGAAAUCUGGCCUCUAAGGGAUGUAAACAUUCUACUGGUUACAGGCCUUGAAAACGUGGCGAGCAAGCUGCUGGAGAAUGCAAUUCAUUUGACAACCUUGGAAGUCGAAUCCGCUUCUUUUGAUAGCAAUCCUAGAUAUCUUCGCAAAGUCUUCACAAUCAUGUCGAGGAGGAGGCUUGAAAAGCUCACGCUAACCUGGAUUAAUUUUGAUCGAUUCAAACCUUUCGACAAGCGAAUUGAGUCUUUGCGUCAUCUGGAAUUGAUUGGUUGCACGGCUGAGGAAGGCCUGAAGAACAUUUUGCUUUCUAUAAAGAAGAACUGCCCUCGACUUGAAUAUCUCCGAUUUUCUACAGCGCCUUGGAUGAAUGUAGAGAUUGUAUUUCAGGGCGUUCAAGGAGUCAAGGAUGGCAUCGACAAGCUGAUACAGUCAAAGCUACAGGGUCACGCUAACCUUGGAUGGGUAGCGCUUUGGAGUGGCGAUGAGGACUGA